UGGGAACAAACAAGAAUCAAAAGAGGCGACACGUUCCGAAAUGUUUUGUUCGAAAGAUGUUGGAGGCUAAAAUAUUUCGACGAUUUUCUUCAGAAUACUUUCAAUUUUGGUCUUAUCAUCGAUUUGUUGCUUCUAGUUUGUCUGCGUUCCUACGGUAUGGCGAAAGAACCGAGGAUGUUUACGAAAAGAUGCUUACCGUCGGCGGACAUGAAAACAUGGUUUGACGAAAAGCGAUUGAUGGUGUUGGUUUUCCUUUGCUGAACUGCUUGCAAAGCAGAAUUUAAAAGGUCCAUAGAUGGACCUAUUUAUUGAAACAUUAACUGGAACUGCCUUUGAACUACGAGUUAGUCCUUUUGAAACUAUCAUGAGCGUCAAAGCAAAGAUUCAACGUCUCGAAGGUGAGUUGAAAAGGCUUUACACACUUCGCGUGGGAAGGAAAUACUGAUUAUAUGAAGCAACAAAAUAAAUCAAAUAGGGAUUUCAGUCAUUGCUUUCGCGAUCGAAAGUAAGUUGUAGCUUUUCAGAUUAAAAUCUGCCUUAAUGUGGACGUUUCGUCGAAGGUUCGUUCUUACAUCAAGCUUAAAUAAUUUAAAAUGUGUGGUUUGCGCGCCCCCCUUGAAAACAUUUCACCCAGAACUUUUCGAUUCGAUAGAUGGCGAGGAGAAAUUGCUUUUGAAAAUAUUAUAGCUUGUGUAUGUCGUGAUUUAAAUUGAAAAUCUAAAAUCUUCUGAAUGUAGCACGUAAAAUUAAGACAUUAUAAAUUGUAAAGGUAUUUUCAAGUACGUUUUGCUUGACAAGACGACGUUUGAUUUUGGCCAUGAAAUUUUACAUGCUUUAUAAGCAAAGCUUAUACUCUUUCAAAACGAAAAUUCUAGAAAUGUUCAUUGCAUUUUAUUUCACUAAUGGAAUUUUAUCUAGUGAGUGAAUUGUAUCCUCUGUUCUGCUGUAAUAUUUACAUUUACUUCUGAAAAUGCAUCCUACGAGUGUUUUCGCGAAGUUUGGGUUAACAAAAUUUUAAACCUGAAAUUAUUUUAUCAUCGUAGAGGUGUUGAGUGAUAAUUCUUCCUAUUUGCGGCCCUCUGUUUUGUUAGUUUUCUGUCCAAAACUUUCUAUGUCUACCUUCUUUGUUGUACAGAUAUUUAGUAUUGUAGUAAUAUCGAAUGUUUUUAAGUAUGUUCCUGACUUGUGUUUAUUCAUGCAUCUUUCAUGCAAGGGAUUUUCUAAAGGCAUUUUUUGUCAUAUAUGACACCUUAGACGUUCUCUUUCAGAAAGUGAAUGAUUUUUAGCUAUCUACCAAUAAAUAAAUAUAGAAAUUGCUUUAAUUUCAUUUAGCUAAGGACUGUUUAAUAAUGCUCUGAGCAUAUAAGCUUUUUCGCAAGAACUUUUGUUGGGUUCACGAAGUAAUUUCAUACAAUUAGACGUUUUCAUUUCACAAAUCGUCAGAAUUUAUUUCUGUUUAUAUAAUUUUCUCGAAAUAGGUGUUGCUUACAAAUUCUUUAGCCUUUGGUAUAGUGAGUUUUGCUAUUUUCAUUGUUUCAAAAAUGAGCCAAAUUUAUUCUGUACAUUGAAUACAAAGUACAUUUUUUGACAGACUAGAAAUAAAUCCAUGAAAUCACGUUUUUCAAAGUCAAUUUUAUUUCUACUUUUGAUCACCGUCUAUUAACUUUAACAGGAUUUGUUAAAACCAUUUUUAAUAACAUUUGUGAUACUGCAUCAUUAGUGAGAGAUAAAAAUUUAAAAUGAUCAAUGUUUCAUCAUCAUCGUCAUUAUUGUCAUCCUCACUGCCAUCACCAUCAUCAUCAUGUUUCAAUAUCAGGGUUGUCACGGUCAGGGAAAAGUCAGGGAAAAAAGGACGUUCUACAAGGUCAGGAAAAAGUCAGGGGAAAUCUUUGGUAUUUUCAAAGUCAGUGAAAAGUCCGGGAAUUCUGUUUUCCGGUUUAUAGUUCAUAAGUUUUCUUCCAGAUUUUGAAAUGCAAUUUCUUUCCGAAAAGAUGAAAAGUAUGCUGCAAAACAACCAAAGGGAUCACUUUGACACUCUAUGCCUGACACAUGUAGUAGUUGUGGUCAGUGGUUUUCGAUGUGAAUGCUUUCUUCCAAAUUCCUUCUUCCUCUUUCUGCAAAAAGUAGAAAGAGGUUGAAAAUAAAGAGAAAACUAUCAAAGGCUUGCAAGAAAAACUAAAGUGAAUGAAAACAUAGAUUGUUUCUCAUUAAUAAAAGGUCAGUGAAAAUUGUUUAAAGUUCAGUGAAAGUCAGGGAAUUUUUAACUUUCUGAUGAGUGGCAACCCAGAGUAUCAUGCGCAUAGGGUAGUAAUAUAGUUAAGAGGGUAUCAUUGUUGUGUCUGCUGUUGACAACUGGAGAACAUUGCUUGGAAUAUUUUCUAUAAGUGAAUACUGAAUUUUGCAAAAAUUCAGUCAAUUUUGAAGUAAAUAAUAUAAGCCCAGAAUUAGCUUGCAAAGCAGUCAUAUUUUGCAGUGCAAUCGAUUUGGGCAUUCAAACUGCUUUAUUUCCAUUGCUGUAGGAGUAAAUUUGUGGCGUCUGGAAAAAUAAAUGAACUAGAUUUUCAUUGGGUGCAAAUGCAUUUCCAGAAAAGCAGUCAGUUGCAACUAACUGAGGGGUGUUCGGCAAAUUCAUAGGCAUUGCUGGCAGGCAUUUUUCCCUUUUUCUCCCUGCCCCUCCCCCUGGCCUGCCCCUCUUCUCCCCAGCUCUGGGUUGUGCUUAAAAAAAAAACUUUAAUUUGAAAUAAGUUGGCUCUUUUUGUGCUCAGUUCUUCAGUAUUAAUGGUUCUACCUUCUUGUUUUUUUUGCAGGCAUCCCUAUGUCUCAGCAACACUUGAUAUGGCGAUCCGUGGAAUUGGAAGAUGAUUAUUGUCUCCAUGAUUACAAGUGAGUGAUGCUUCCAUUUACCGGUAGCUAUUUUGAAGGAUCUGAACAUAGCAAAGAAACUACAUAAUGUUAAAUGAACUUGUUCCUCAUUUAUUACCACACUAGUCUCCUAUCGAACCUUUCUUUUCUUGUUACACUUUGUUCCUCCCAUGGGUAUGCAGGGAUCGAUGUAGCUGAGGAAAAGCCAAAUAUGGGCUUUUUUGUUGGUCAAACCAGCAUUUUUACUCAAUUGCACUUACAAAAAUAAAAUUACCCUUUGUCUUUGUUGUUGGUCAAACCAGCAUUUUUACUCAAUUGCACUUACAAAAAUAAAAUUACCCAUUGUCUUUGUCUUCCAGAGUAAUUUGAGCUGGGGGGUAAGGUCUUUUUCAGCCAUUGCAGGGUUGUCAAAAGUAGUUGGCUGCCGGAGAAAAUCACAGCCUACUUAGUUAGUAUUGGCCGGCUACUCUGCUUGGACUUUCAUCACAGAUGGCAUUUUUAAGUAAAAUAUCCCUGGACUGGCCUUACUUUGACAACUCAGUGGUCUACUUCAAAAGCUUCCGACAACCCUGCAUUGAUAUUAGCCGUCAGCCGGAGCUUAGCGACAUCCCUGAGUAUGGCUGGGGAGUGUUGUCUAAUGAUACAAAGAACAGUGGUGUAAGAGACUGUUCCCAAUCCUCCUAAACAAAAAAUAUUUGAGCUUGCCCCUGUGCCAUCGAGUGACCCCUAGCAAGUCACUUCUGCUGUGAGUGACAAGAAAGUGAUUGUUUCUUUUUUUCACGAAGCUUAUACUAGUGUGAGAUGCACAUCACUUAUAUGCUAAAGUUUAAAAUGAGUUUCAGGUCAAAAUAGUUUUAAACUAGCUUGAUCUGUAUUUUCAAGUCUGUGCUCUUAGAAGUUUUCUACAAAGUCCUAAAGCUCCAUCCUGUGAAAUCCGAGAUACCCAGCAAAUAUAUAUCAACAUUAUGUGAAAUGUAGCUGUUUUUUCUCAGUGGUAAUUUAUGUUUGUGAUAAUUAUUAUUCUCACGUUAGUAUCACUGAUGGAGCAACAUUGCAGCUGGUUCUGGCAAUGAGAGGUGGUCCUAUCAAUACAAGAAGAAGUAAGUAGUCUUUUGGCAGAUUUACCGGAGAUUUUGUCUACCCAUAAUCGAAAGCAAUACUGAAGGGAAUGUUCUCUCAGUAGUAUUGUAGUUGUGUGACUGUAUUAUACCCAUGAUUCCUAAUUAAUAAGAUCUGCUUAAGAGAAAUACAGAUACAAAUACAAAUGCCAUGUUUUCCACUCCCUCAGGAAUUUAUAAUUUACAACAUUGUGUAGGGGGCUUUUGCCAGACUUCUUCAUGUGUUACAGUAUAUGCAGUUGUAAAUUUGUAAUUUUUUUUACCUUUUUUUAGUUGCUGUUGAAGAUCCUACUUUACAAGAAAUGGCUGAAUAUAUGGAAGUCAACAGGUUACAAAAUAUAAUUUAUAUGUUGUGGUUCAAUAAUAUUUAUCUUUGAUUUAAAUUUUAUUUUCUGGUAUGGUAAUGUAUGAUAAUGAUUUUGAAAUUAAAGAAAAACAAAAACUAAUUGAAAUUAAAAAAUCAAUUGCCACAUAUAACAACUUGUGUGAUCAAUUUUUACACUACAACUGAUAUGUUGUGGCUCUAUGGAUUUACACCGAGAAGUAUUUGCUUAUGAUUGACGUUUUUUUUUGUUUUCAAGUUUGUUUGUUUUUGUAUUAUAUUGUUCAUUUGAUUAAUGGUAAUUUUCUUGUUGGUUUGCAGAGAAGAAAUCUGGGAUAAGCUCCCAAAGGAUAAUCGUCAAGUGACCUUGCUCGUUUUUAGGUAACAUUCCAUUUGAAAUUACAUAUCAAUCCUGAUAGUUUGCUGUAACUGAAAAAUACAUUUUCACAAAACAAGCUCACCACCUCUUUGCUAAAAAAUUUUAAAUAUUGCUAGAAAGUUAUUUUUCCAUCAUUAUGUUACUUAUUUUAGGGAUGGAGAUCAGUUGAAUUUCUUCCGAGUAGUGGAUAGAGGCGAUGGCACAUUGACUCCUCUUUCAGACUCCUUAAGGUAAUUAUGUUUGCUUAUCGCUGUUUACUCAUUUUAUUAAGUUGAUAAAAUUGUUUUCAGACGUCAAGAUAAUUAGGUUUAGAUUUCUUCAACAACUUACAUUGCUUUCUUAUUAUUUUUUCUCUCUAGUGGGGCGUCAAUGUAUAAUUUGUAUGAUGAAGAAGAAGAGGAAAACCCACCCCCAAUAUCUCAGGUAUGUGCCAUGUUUUACACAGACUAACCUACAGCACAGACAAAACUGAAACUCAAGUUAAGUCCAUCAGUGUGUCUGCACCUAAAUCUAUUUUCUGGCUCCCUGCACGUGUAUCACCAGGAUUUGAGUAUGCACCAGGGUUGGUUGGCUCAAAAAAGGCAUUGAUGAUUGGCCAGUCAGGUUAAAGGGUAAUUUGAAACUCUCUUCCGGAUUUUUCAAUGUCUGUUAGGGGCCGAGAACAAGGAUCUUGGUACUACUUUGUAUAUGUUACUUGCCAGUGUAAGAUUACAUCUGCAUCAUAGACUAUUCAUUGGCACUCUUUCAGGAUUUAACCACCCAGGAAGGGUUGAAAGAGGAUUUGUGGUGCUUGCAAUGAAAUCCCUUGAACACCUUCUUUUUUAAAGACACUGUGCCUCUUAUUUAAUUUCCAGGAAGCCAUUCAUGAAAACAGUGUCACAAUGAAUAAAAUGAGGCUUUUAAAGACUAAAAUGGAAUCACAGAAAAACUUGAAGGUUUGUUGAAUUCCUGACGAAACGUUUUUUCUAUGGAGCUAUGAGGUACAUGUACUUUUCCCCUUACUUCAUGCAACUUUCUUGAGGCCUCUUGUUUUAAUCUGUAUGUGCUUUUUAUUACAGACAUCAGGUGUUGGCACCAUGUCAUUGCAUGAUUCAGGGAAUCAUUCUGGGUUUAUGUGGGAGCAACAGCCACGUUACAUCAACCAACACCUCUUUACAAUGGCCACUUCACUUGUCUGAACAGAUAUAGUGGAAACUCGGAAAACUCCGUAUCCCCCACUAACUUGAACUAAUACCCAUUUCUCUUGGAUUUCACCCCACUUUUCAAUCUGUUUUACUCAAAUAAACUGGAACUCAGAUAACUCAAAUUCCCACUAACUCAAACUAAAUUUAGGUCCCCUUAUCAAAAUUUCCCUUAUAACUCAAAUUCUGGUUCUUGCAACUCAACAUGGAUGCCAUCCCAUUAGCUUUUCUUGUUGUGUAAUAGUAUUAGUUAAUGAUGAGAUAAGAUUAAUUUGCACUGUACUGAGCAAGGAAGUGCUGAAAAAUCAGUUAACUGUCAAUAUUAUUAACAAGGCAAAUGGAAUUUUCAGUUGACCUGAUAAGUCAAACUCUGUGGUUUUUUCCCUUUCGUAGUUCUAGUUACCGUACAUUUUCUCUUGUUUUAACCUGUCUACAACAGUCUCUUAUCUAAUCUGUCCCCAAGGUGGUCAUUGCUUAGAGAUUCAAGAUCUGUAUAUAUAUUACUCAGUUUGUCAUCACUUAACUUUUUGUUUGUGUCACUUUUUAUAGCCUAAAUAUCAACCUGCACCUCCAACCACUGAAAAACCUACAAGUACGUCAAUGCUCAGUGCAAGGAGAAGGUAAUCCCAUGAAGCUUCAUUUUAUUAUACAUGUAUUUGAACAAGAAAUCGAAAACAAACUAGACAAAACAGUUUUGAGGCAAACCUGAUAAGAUAAGAGAUAAGAAAGUCAUAUACCUAUGAUUGUGGAUUUUCUGUUGAAAUGAAGGAAUGUUUUUUCUUCCUUUUGUUUUAUUCAGAUUGAGUUUUAGGGAGAAAAGAAUUCAGCCUGUACAUUAUAUAAAUUUUUUUACCACGCAGGGGUGUUAAAAGGUCUAUCAACAAUGUUGACUUAUCAAGUUUGAAAAUUACUUCUUUUGUCUGUCCGUCUCGCGUCACCUUUGGUGGUUGGUGUUGGUGUAAUUAAGUUAACGUAUUGAUUUAUUAUUGCUGGCUUAGGUUGCAGUUAACAUCUGCAUCAGGAGCAUCAAAGACUCAUGACACUGCAUUCAGGGUUGUUGAAAAGCCAAAACUCGAUAGUACUCAAGGCUCACCAGCAAAGCAGUCAAGUGCAUCUAAUAGGGUGUCACCUAAAGGGCCUCUGCCGCCUGUCAAUACAAGAAGAAAGGCAAAUAAAAUUGACGUAUCAGACUUUUUAGUACAAUCAAGCCAGGAGGCAAAAGUUGUUCCUUCAAGUCGAACUCUUGCACGGAGUGCUUUUAAAGAAGGACGAAAGACAAUAUCGGAGUUUGUAAAUGACACUAAAGAAAUUAAACCUUUAGGAAGUAUCUCAAAACCUGUGACUCAUCACAAGGAAACAAGGACUUCUAGCCCUUCUCGUGGAGCAACUAGUAUAGACUAUGCUUCAGGGAGUGCCAGCAUACGACGAUCAAGGAUUCCAGAAGAUUCUUCUGAAGUUAGGUAUCCACUGGAUUUAUCUGCUGGAAGUAGUGGAUUUAGAAGGAUUCGUGCAAUAGAAAACAGAAUCCCAACUCCCGAAGGAAGAAGAUCGGGGCUCUUGGUAAGUAUUGUGCCUUGCAUGACACUUUUUUUUUCCUUGCAAAAAUGCAGAAGGGGUAGGAGAAACUGUUCUGAAUUACUGUUGGUGAUUUUUCAAACUCCAAAAUGCUCCCAAUGGCAGUGGCGGAUCCAGGGGAGGGGCGGGGAGGGUGCCCCCCUAUUCUUAGACCAAAUUGAGGCCUGAAGGGCGGAAAAAUUUUUUUUUGGAGACUGGCACUGCUAUGCGAAGGUACCUUGAGUCCAUAUGAAGCAAAUUUUGUCAUGAGCACAUUGCCUUUUCAUUGCCAUUGUCUGUUAUUGGUCAACACCAGGGAAAAUGAUAAGAAAACCAUUUUAAAAAAGCGCAGCAUACACUGUGAGCAUAGCGAUUUUAUAGAAAUGGCAUCAUGCAAAAUAAAAUCAUCUGCAAUAACUGAAAGUGCUAAAAAACAUUUAGUAACUUGAUGUGCAAUAAUUAUUAAGCUUUAAUCAGCCACCCGCAAAUGGAGAAUUCUGGGUGGCAAUAAUUUUACAUGAGCCCAUACAUAUGAGUUUCUAUUUUAACAAUUUCCAAAGAGUAUCUGGCACUAAGAUUUUUGGAGACACUGAAGGUAAUGCCCCUUUAAUAUUCAGAAAUGAUAUUUCUAGUUUGAUUAGAAAAUGAGUAGCAUAUGCUAAUGAAGGGGGAAAAUAUUAGCUUUAUAAAGAUUUACUGUUAUGUAUGCCCUUUUUUCUUUGGAGCUGUGAGGUGCAUGUACUUUUUCCCUUACUUUGUGCAACUCUCUUGAGGCCUCUUGUUUUAAUCUGUAUGUGCUUUUUAUUACAGACAUCAGUUGUUGGCACCAUGUUAUUGCUUGAUUUAUCACUCGUGGUUAAAAAAUUUCAAAUUGCUGCCAUGUAGCCUGUGUCACAGACUUAAUUUAAUGCCAUUUAGUCAAAAUCCUUGUUCUGGACCCCGGCGGACUCAACAAAUUACCGGAAGUGCAUUUCAAAUUUACUUUCAACCUGAUUGGCAAAUUGACAAUGGCUUUUUUAACAGACCAAUCAGGGUGCAUACUCAAAUGGUGAGGACCUAGAACAAGGAUUUUGGCACUGUUUUGCAGGUAGACUAAACCAGAGUUUAGUUUCGUCUGUGGCACAGGCUGGUGCCAGGCAGUAGCUUCAUAUUUAUUUCUUAUGAUUGAGCUGAGUGUUACAUUAACAAUGCUAUGUUUAUUAUUUUUUAUUGCAGAAUGAUUCAUUGUCAUAUUCCUAUCGUUUUUCUCAUGGAAGUACAAGUGCUUCAAACAGUAAGGACUGAUAUUUCUGUGUUUUUGUAACUUAACAGAAAGACAUGUAAAGGUCAACUUAAGGCCUACUUUAUUUGUUUCAAGAACACAUGGUAAUUUAUAACUUACAUGUUUGUCCCUUUAAUCUAUAGUUGUUCUUAACACAAACAAUACUAAGCACAAAGCACCAGAAUGAGUCCAGCAUUUUCAAAAAUUGCUUGCCCUUUACUAGCCUGGAGCAGUCACGCAGAUCCCAACAUAAUUUUAAUUUAUCUUGACAAGUGUUGCUUGCCUGUCAGACAACUCAUAAAAAAAACAUUCUUGCUGGAGAGGUGGCUUCACUAACCCCAGGCUAUCGAACAGCACUUUUGCUGUGCCUUGUCCUAGCUUAUGGGGUCUCGAAAAGGUUAUUGUUUAAUAGAUUCGACUAGAGAAACUGUCAUGAUAUUUUAAGGACUUUUGUUCAGCAGUGAACUCACUUAGUCUUGUAGAUUGGAGAUUGGUGCACAACCUUCUGUGCAAGAGGUCCUUGGUUUGAUUCCUUGGAGUGACUAGGAGUAUCCUUGUUUUGACUUUCCGUGUGGCCUUAAGUAGCCUCAAGUGGCUUUAAAUACCUAGAAAACGGGGCACCAAUGGAGAGAGGGAAAAAUGUGCACACUCUCUCCUGUAGAUUUGUUAGUCAGAUGAUGAUUAUUUCAAGCUACGGGCUUGAAAAUUAUAAGAACCCUGUAGUUUACUUUUUACAAUAGAUAAUAUUAGCAAUACAUUUCUUAUUAUUUUAGUAGUUAAAUCAAACAUAAAUGUUUUCUUGCAGAUUCUCCACCUCACCAUCACCACCUUCCUCCAGUGAGAACUAAACCACACCCACCUCCACAACUUCUACCCCCUAAAAAGAAAACUAGGUGCUUUAUGUGUGGAAAGAAGACCGGACUAGCUACUACAUAUCAAUGCCGGUAAGUAUCCAUUUUUUUAUCCUUUCCCUGACCUUGUGUAACUGGAAGGGGCAUGAGUACAUUAACCAUUCUCAUAGCAACCACUUCUCAUAAGCGAACACCUCCUGUAAGUGACCACUUGGUAAAUAACUGUUUUGUUUCUCAGUCAAAAUAAUACUGUUUCAAAAACUCUCUCAAUCACGACCAUUUUUUUGGCCAGAAAUUUGACGAAUUCUUUUGUUUGUUAAACAAAAAGUGACUGUAAAAAGGUAUGUAGGUAUGUAAACAAGCCUUAUUGUUACAAUGGUCUGUUGCAAAAGGUUACUUACAAAGUUUCAACAUUAAGUAGCAUGAUAAGAUUUUCCAAGUGCUAUUCGAUUUCAAAUGUGGCAUUCGUGUCAUUUGAUGUAGCUUGUUAGAUAAUAUCUUUAUUGGUAAUUAUGUUAAUCAAUGCAGUCUGAGCUUGUUUUGUUGAUUUUUCGCAUGUUAUACGACCUCCUCCCCUAAGUAGCCUGCGUGGCAGGCGCAAAAAGGGGAGGGGGAGGGGGGAGGGAGAAAGGGAAAAGGGAAGGGAGCGCCUGCUCUAAGAGCCUAUGUUUUUGCAUAACGCCUACCAAUUUUCUAGUAAUCCGAUUACGCUUACUGUCAAUCAAGUGUCGCUACACUAGCCAUUGCAGAAAAGCAUUACACUCACGGACUAAAGAAAUUCGCUUAGUUAUUUCAGAAGGCACUUUGGAGAAAAUUGGAACCCUUAUUCAGCAUGUAAAAAAAAAACUUUACGCUUCAAAAGAGGUCAAAGAAAUUUCGCUUUCAGAGGGCAAAUCCUGUGGCCAGAAAACAAUAACUACAGUCAAUCAUUUAUGUCAUGACCUCUCAUGUGAAACAUGCGGCUAAAAUAACAUUUGCUCAGUAUAAUAAACCUAUAAAUUUAUUGGUAAUACUUUUCAGUGGCGAAAUGACGAGAAUCAUUUAUGUUAAAACAUCAAUGAACAUCUCUGUCUGAGCCCUUACUGAUUCUUGUUUUUUAAAACAGUUUCUCUACCACUAGAUUUUCUCUCAAAGCAUGUCCACGCCUAUAUCUCGACCUCCAAUAUGUUACCCGGCUCAGCCAAUCAGGACGCCAGCCAUGGACACUGACCCCUACCCCUUUCGACGCCUGCUACGCAGGCUACCCCUAAGCGACCAUCUUGUCCUUUCGCUUUCAGGAGAGUUGACUGUACAGUCAAACCUAGUUAAUAUGGACACUGAGGCGGCAUCCAUAUUAAGUAGGGAUGGCACUAGGAUUUUUCAAUCUGGGUUCUCGGACUCACAUGUCCGGUCAAAUUGGGGUCCCAAGCAUUUUGGGUGGCUCCCAAAAUCUUGGUGACCCUCCCCUGAGAAAUUCUUUCUGUUGUUGUUAUGAGAAAGAGUGACUGGCAAAUUACUGUCAUACUGAUAAUACUCGACCAGCACAAUCAAUCAAACAACAAACAAACGUGGCGGAAGCUCAUUGGAGUUUCCUGGAUGUGUUAAUCGUCUCCAGUCCCCUUUGCGUAGUUAAAUCCAAUAUGGCAGCCACGAUGUGAAUUUGCUUUGUUCGAAAUUUUUUUUACAUGUCACUCAAACAACAAAAUCUGUUCAAGAUUCAAAGUAAAUGGAGUGAGUUCUUCAAGUCAAUAUCUUACACCCUGGGACGCAUUAAAAUUUUGAUGAUUCAUUUUUUGCAUUUUGUUUGCAUAAAAAUGCGCGAUUUCUGCGUUAACACGAUCUCUGUUAAGUGGGUUGAAUUUAGAGAAAAUGUUUAAGGGAGGUGUUCAUUCCUAAAUGACAGGAUUUUUUUUUCCCAACAGAUAGAUUAUAUAAAGGUAGGUUACUCACUGAACUUCCGACUUUUGAAGAACUUUCCAACCCUAUGAAAUUCUCUUUUAAAUUUGCCAGAAACUCGAGAUCUGGUGGCCGCCAUCUUGGAGAACUCCUAGCAGCCUGGUGACGAGUAUGUGACGUCAAUGCGCUCAACCAGAGUUUGGCAGAAAGUUUAAAUCACUCAUAACUUCUUGUUUCUUCAUUUUGGAGCUGCACAAGAGGUCAUGAACAGAGAAAACACAAUCCGAAGUGAAGAGAAAAGAAGUGUUGAAUGAUUUAAUCUUUCUGCCAUACUCGGGUUGAGCUCAUUGACGUCACAUACUCGUCACCAGGCUGCUAGGAGUUCUCCAAGAUGGCGGCUGCCAGAUCUUGAAUUUCUGGCUUCUUCAGACCAGAAUUUCAUAGGGUUGGAAAGCUUUUUGGAAGUUAAAAUUUCACUGAGUAACCUACCUUUGUAUAAUCUUUUUGUUGGCGAAAAGAAAAAAACUAUCGUUUUCGAAUAGGGAUAAAAGAAGCUUUCCAUAAUAAUGAGGUACCUAUAUUGAGUGGGUGUUCGCAAAUCAAGGUUAGUGACUGUAUUCACUUAAAAUUCUGCUUUUCUUCUUUCAGAUGUGGCAAUUCAUUUUGCGCAACACACCGCUAUGCAGAAGCUCACAGCUGUACAUAUGAUUACAAAAGUGAAGGAAGGAAAAUAAUAGAACAGAAUAAUCCAGUUAUAGCUGCUCCUAAGCUACCAAAAAUAUAAAGGUUUCUUCUUUUUCAAGGUGUAAUUUUAUAUAAUAAAUGUGCUUGUAAAUACUUUAAGUUUGGUAAAAUACUGCAAAUGAAAUAGAACUUGUAGAUAACAAAGUGUACAAUUUCAGCGAUAAGAAUACAUCAGUGCCACCCAUAUCAUAUGUCAUGACUUCUUUUGUCUCAAAAUAUCCAUGCAUUCACAACACUGCAUCGUACAUAGUUUGGCUAUUCGGUUUUAUUUUCCAUACAUGGUACUUUCCGUGUUAUUGUUAAAGUCACUUAAUGGUGAGAAAAAGCAGCUUUGCUUAUUUUUUGUUGAUUGUCUUUAUUUUGUAUAUUCUGCUUUCCUAUUACUUUAUCUUUACUGAAAGGUCUUUAAUUCAAAUUUAGCAGACCAUUUCAAUAUAUAUUAUUGUUCACUUUCAUUUGAGCAAUGUGGUUUUUGUUUGUUUCAAUAAUCAAGGUAUCAUAUUGAGGACAUUUUUAUUGUAGUCUGGUGUUAUGAUUGGAGAAAGUGUGGUAUCAUAAUGUCUUUUAAAAAACUCUUGUGAGGUUUCUAGAUCCUUGUUUUCAUUUGAGAAGUUGAAAUGUAUUUUCCAUGAACAUCACAUUAAUGAUAUUGUACAUAGCUAUGGGCAAGUUAUCCUAUGCAUACUGGUUGCUUAAAAUGGCUGGUGAAAGAUUAUUAAAUAAAAAAAAUUAAACAGAGUUAUCAUGUUGUUAAUUAUUUUCAUUUACGUUGGAAUAAAGGGGUCUAUAGUUUUGGAAUGGUUUUCCAAAUCAGCCAGAUAAAACCUGAGGAAAAUAGAGUGUAGUUCCUGUUUCAUUAUGAAAGGAGUUCUUGCUAUGGUUCAAAAAAUAUGUUUGUUAACCCCAAAACUUCACAAAAACUACAAAUUCGUUUGGGCUGUAUAGAAAAAUAUUAAUCCUAGGAGACCAACAUGUAGUUCCCCCAACCUUUUAUAGACUUUUGUGAACUUUGUGGCCUGAAAAUCAUAUCUCACUGUCUCUGAAAACAAAUUAUUUUCUUUAGGAAAGCAAAUAUACUUAACAUUAAUAGUGUUUUUAUGUUGCUGAUGUUCAGGUGAUGAAAGCUGUACCUGUGUUAUAGUUUUUUUUAUUGGAUGUGCCAUAUACCGGUAGUUUGAGUUUGAGAAUACUGGACAAUAAUCAUAUUUAUUUAUAGAAAUUGGUGUGCCAGGUGUUGGCCCUGAAACAAGUUGAUUUAAGUUUAAAGGGUUGCCAUUCUUUUUGUCAUGGUUAGAUGUGUGGGUUGCAUUUUGCUUUGUAUUUCUGUGGUGUUGAAAUGGGUAAAUCAGUUCCUCGUAAACUCAAUGGUGCAGUUUUUUGUCUGGUGACGUCUUAUAGUAUCAUCAAACAAGAUUGUU